UAGUCAUUCACAAUAGACAGCUUAAGUGUUUUGCGUGAUUUUGUGUUUGGACAUGCACUUACAUAAAUGCAUGCUCGCGGCAGCUCUAUUUAUGAUCUGUGACGGGUUUUUAGUGAAAGGUCCCUCUGGUCCUCUGGUUGUUGUUCUGGGAUCUUCAGUGGUUUUGCCCUGUUAUGUUGAUGAACCCUUACCAUUGAAAGGACUGAAGGUGAUUUGGAUACGCACAGAUAUUAAUACACUUGUGCAUGUGUACCAAGAUUAUGAGAGUCGACCAGACGCCCAGUAUCAGGAUUAUCGUGGCAGAGCUCAUUUCUUCACUGAUCAAAUCAAACAUGGAAACUUCUCCCUGCGUCUGGAAAGCGUGAGAGCUAAAGAUAAGGGUUUUUACAGAUGUAAGGUUUACACUGAGCAGGAAUCUGAUGAAGCCCUGGUGCAAAUUAAAGCAGUUGAGUAUCUGAGUGUAUCAGGAUCAGAUGAUCCCGUAUCUGCGUUUGUGGGUGAAGACGUCACUCUGAACUGCUCUGUACACUCUCACAUCACACCUGAACACAUUGAACGGGUCUCAUGGAGGAAGACGGAUGAAGAUGAAAACAUCCUGGUUUUUGAAAAGAAUAAAACUCUACCAGUAGAUGAGCGAUACAGAGACAGAGUUGAGUUCUUCACCGAUGAAAUGCGCAAAGGAAACUUCUCUCUCAGUCUGAAGAGUGUCAGGACCGAGGAUAAAGGGGUUUACAUCUGUCACGUGAUCGCUGGGAAUUUUUCAUCCAAUGCGACUGUAGUUCUGGAGCAACUGGGUUUCUCAGUUUUACACAUUAUUGUGUUCAUUCUCUGUAUCGUUGCAUCUGGAUCCGCACUGCUGCUGUCCUCUCUAUGGUAUCAAAUCCACAGAUUACAAAAGACAAAUGCAGCCCUGCUUCUUCAGAUCUCUUCCGUCUUUGUACCAAACCUUUUUAUGUUUUUUGCCUUCUGGUUCUGGGGUGUCGUUGAAGGAUUUCUGAGUGAGACUGUUGCUUGCUGUGCUCAUUAUUUGCUGAGGCCGCUUCUGCUGUUAUGGGUGUCUCCACAUUCAGAACAUUUCCCAGGCAAUCGUAAAACAGCUAUGCACUGCAUUGUUCAUCUACAAUAUUCCCUCUUUGCAAACGUUGUUUAUUCAGUUCUUUUUCAGUCUUUCUGGGAAAAAAGUCUGAGUUAUGAACAAUCUGAUCGAGUCCUGAUAACAAUCCUCUUUGCAAUUAUGAUUCUGAUAUGCAUCACGAACAUCGUUUUCUUAUUGGCUGAACUGAUCAGAAACAAAGAUGGCCGCAUGCGUGCUGUGUUAGACCUCGUGUCUGACAUCGGCCAUGAUGUUCUUCCUCCAUUACAGCUCAUCUUCCUCUUCUACGCUUUUGGAGCUGCCAGUGGAGCACUGUUUGUUGUUGGAGUUUUUCCACUCUUCCUGACCUUGACCAGAUAUAACUGGAAAGACGCAUGCGUGGAAAAACUGGAAUGUUUGCGCUCGUCUAGGAGAGCGGCGUGGUUGAUUUUCAUGAUAGUGGUGAACACAAUAAUGGUCUAUUCGUACCUCAUAGCGCUGAAAAAAGAAAAAGAUUGUGAUGGAUGGGUCUGCGUAGCUGCUUUUCUUCAAGUUCUCUGGGGAAUUGUGGUCCUCAAACACUCAUUUGGUGACCUGGAUCUUCCUUUUAGACACAUUGUGCACCUUAUCGGAUCAGUGGUUGUUGUUCUAGUGAACUCGUUUGCAUUGAUGACCAAGCUGAUAAUGAAAAUGGUUAAUGGUGAGCGUGCGAUGGAGGAUCUGAGGAAAGUUGUCUUUUCCUCUGAAUGCGUCUUUGCCUCAUUUGUGCUGCUGUUAAUCAUUCUCGAACCUUUCAUUAAAAAAGUUCAGCAGCGUUUUCAGAAUCCAGCCAGCAGAUCGCAGCAGAAUCACUCUUCUCAGAUUGAGGCCGUGUCUGAUGAAACGCCACAUAACCCAUCAAACCAGAACCAGAAUGCAGCAGAAUCGCUUGAGUUGAGGCCGAUGUUAGAGACUCAAGAACAGGACGCUGGGAGACAUGGAGACACAGCCUGAUUCUGUCCAACAAUCUGUGCAAUGAGUGAAUCUGACAGAUAUAUCCACUGUUUACUGCUCAAAUAUUCAGGGCUCAAGCCGAGGGAUCAGCUUUAAAAGGUCUGAAUGUCAU